AUGUUUUUGGAAUCUGCAACAAAGACAUUUCGCUGAAAGCCUCGACAUCCAGGAAUUAUUAAAUAUUUGUUUAAUCCUGUUGUUUAUUGUCUCCUAUUGCAAAUUCUUCAAAGACGCUUUAUAGGCAGCUAAUGGAAUAGGAGAUAGUACGUUGUCAUGGUUAUAGGAAAAUCAACAGACAUCGGAUUGGGACCCGGUACUAAUGCAGGGAUGUGGUGCGUUCGAUAGCUCAAAAAAGGUAGUCGCCGUAUAGCCGUUGGAAUCCAUGUGCCGUGUUGGUCAGUUUCCUCAAUUUCCACGAAGGAUAUGUAACAUUUAUCUUUCAGGUGAAUUCGUUAAACAUUCCUACAAAGUGAAAGUUUCAGAAUGAGAAUGGCUUUCAUAUAAUAGCUGGUGCUUUAAAACAAAAAAAGGGAUAUUUCUUCCGUUAUUUAGUUGUGUACACAAUGACUGAAGAAAAUUAUAUUGAGAUGGUGGACAGGCGGUCAUGACAAGUACAAACGUGUCACAGGAGAAACUGACGAGUGCCAAAGGUGAAGAGGACGACUUAGAAGUAAUAGAAAAUGGGGGACUCAGUCCUCACCCCUCCCUCAGGACGGACGACGACGCAUGUUCGGAAAUCAUCCGCAUUGAACAGGACGCUUCCCGGGGAAGGGAUGCUGAACAAAACACGACGCUGGAAAGAAUCGUCCGAACCUUACAGGUGAUAAAACAAUGGGCCUCCGGACGAUGGCGCUCUCGCACUCUUCCCGCUCGACCAGACUCUUUCCUAGAGCGGGUUGCUAUGGGAGGGACAGAUGUGAAAAUUGCUCAAACAGACAGAAAAGUCAGAAAACCGUCCGAUAUCAGGUACUGGAAGACAUUUGUGGUAGACCCCUCACAGAGCUAUUAUUACCGCUGGUUGUUUGUCAUCUCCUUGGCCGUCAUGUAUAACAUCGUCAUUGUCAUCGCUCGAUCUGUGUUUUCUGAACUACAAACAGAGUAUUUAGUUCUCUGGAUGGUUCUAGAUUACAUCAGCGAUUUCCUGUACAUAAUGGAUAUGGUUAUAUCCAUGCGAACAGGUUACUUAGAGGAAGGUCUUCUAGUUCGGGACGCCAAAAAGCUCCGCAAAAACUACAUGUCGGCCUCUAUGUUUAUAGCCGAUGUGAUAAGUAUACUCCCUACCGACAUUUUCUACCUUGUUACUGGUAUCAACUACCCCGAAUUCAGGUUUAAUCGAAUUGUGAGAUUUAACAGACUGUUCGAGUUUUUCAAUCGAACAGCUACGAGGACUAGUUUUACGAACAUGGUCCGUAUAUUUAACCUCAUUUUGUACAUACUCAUCAUCAUCCAUUGGAACGCGUGUAUAUACUUCGCUAUCAGUAAUGCAAUAGGAUUCGGCAGUGAUAAAUGGGUCUAUCCUAACGUGACAAUCCCAAAAUACAAACCUCUUACUCGAAAAUACAUUUACAGUUUCUAUUGGUCAACUUUGACCUUGACUACCAUUGGUGAAACUCCUUUGCCGGACAGGGACGAGGAAUACUUGUUUGUGGUGGUGGAUUUUCUUAUUGGUGUGCUUAUUUUUGCCACCAUCGUGGGAAACGUGGGAAGCAUGAUAACAAACAUGAAUGCCACGCGCGCGGAAUUUCAACAGAAAAUGGACGGUGUAAAGCAAUACAUGGAAUUCAGGAAAGUUUCCAAAGAGUUAGAGCAAAGAGUGAUCAAGUGGUUUGAUUAUUUGUGGACAAAUAAGCAAUCUCUCAACGAGGAGGAAGUUCUUGGAACACUUCCGGACAAAUUAAAGGCAGAAAUAGCAAUACACGUGCAUCUAGACACGCUGAAGCGCGUUGCUCUCUUUCAGGAUUGCGAACCAGGCAUGUUGGUGGACCUUGUGUUAAAACUAAAACUUCAGGUGUUCAGUCCAGGGGAUUAUAUAUGUAGAAAGGGUGAUAUAGGAAAGGAAAUGUAUAUCGUGAAAAGAGGGCAGUUAGGGGUGGUGUCGGACGAUGGAAAACAAAUAUUCGCAACGUUACGAGAAGGUAGUGUGUUCGGUGAAAUAAGCAUAUUGAACAUAGCAGGAAAUAAAAAUGGCAAUCGGCGAACAGCUAACAUUAGGAGUAUAGGUUACAGUGACCUGUUUUGUUUGUCAAAGGAUGACUUAUGGGAAGUAUUGACGCAAUAUCCGGAUGCAAAGAAAAUACUCAUGGACCGUGGUAAACUCAUUUUGCGGAAAGACAACUUGUUGGACGAAGAUUUGAUGAAAAAGUUGGAGGCUCAACAAGAAACGACAGAACAAAAACUGGAGAGGAUAGAUGCGAAUCUGGACACGUUACAAACGAGGUUCGCUAGGCUCUUAGGAGAUUAUAAUUCCACACAACAAAAACUGAAGCAACGAAUCACGAAAUUAGAGAAACUCUUACCACAAGAGCAUGACGACGUAUCAAACAUGUCGGCUCUUGAGUGAGGCGAACAUAUAGUGAUUUUCUUGUGUCUCCUGUUCCAAGAUAAAAUUUGGGUUCGCCAAGAUGUCGUUGUUAAACCACACGAGAAUUAUUGUGAUUUCCAGAGUAAAGGUUACUUGUUUGAACCCCCCCCCCUACCUUAUCCAAGCAAUAUAACCGAGUGACAUCAUGACAAUACCCUUAUUGUUGUGAAUCUGCACUACAGAAACAGUUACUAAUGGACCAAAUAGAAUUCACAAUAAAAGAUGUUAGUUUCCAGAAAAAUACACCAAUUAUUGUUAAGUGCUCAGAAUAAGUGAAAUACAUUGAGUACCCUAAACGAUUGGGGGAAUCGGGGCUGAAUGUUGAUUAACAGAAGGCGCUGGUUCGCUGCUCUUGUAAAUAUAUAUAGAAUUGUGAUAACUCCAGUUCAACCAAUGAAUAAAGUUCACUUUCCUAAA